AUGAUAUAUUUUACUUGGCUUUAUAUUAUAAAAUCAGUGUUGGGUUAACUAACCUAUGAUUCUGGAUAUUUUCCUGGAAUUAGUUCAUCAUGUGCGAAUGGACGUAUAGAAACUUAGACUAUUUCAUUUCAUGGGAUGUUUGAUAAUAUUCCUUAAGUUAUAUUGGAACUUUAACACCUUGAUAUGUAUCAGGGAGCAGAUUUUAGAAUUCAGACUCAAAAUAUUAAAAAGAACAGUAAAAACUUUAUAUAUAUAUACUCUAGAUUUUGAAUUGCGUAUUGAAUGUUUAACAAGUACUACCUUAUGGACCAUUAAGUAUAAUUGGUAUGCAAUCGAUGACAGCAGAAUAUAAGUUAUAAAUAAUUUUAAUAUGGUGAAUGUAGAUGAUAAGACUUUUGAUCACUUCAAUCCAAAUGCUAAUUAUGGAAUAUUAUCUUUUAUAAGUAUGGGAGUGACAGGAAACGUUGAUUUUAAAUUAUCAGUAAUAAUCAAAUAAUAUAUAGAUAACUUCAAUUACUACAACUUAGGUAUCAGUGGGCAUCACUAAAGUGGCUGGAAAAUUUGCUAAUUUAAACCAAAUUGGAUAUUAAAUUAUAUUAGGGAUUUAAGAAGCAUUCUAAGACACAUUAAUACUCAAGCAUACAAGUGAUUAUGAUAGUGGAACUCUAACUGGGCUCUCAAAUAGAUGGUUAUUUUUAGCUUAUAAUGGAAUACAAUUAAGUACAAGUUUCAGACAAAAAUGUGUUCGUACAUCAGUUCCUUUAUCUUACACAGUUGAGACAUGUAUAGUUUCUCAAAUAUUUAGGGUAUGGAACCUACGUUGUGAAUUAUCACCUAAGUAGUUGGGUAGCUUAUCAUUUUACAACUGAAUUUAAGGCCUUUUGGUGUCUAACUUUAAGAAUAUCUUAAUCUCUUGACAUGGAAGUAUCAUAAAAACCUUCUAUAUAUGUUGAAAUCAGUGAAUUAAAUUAAUCAUACUUAUCGUCAACAUAAUUAUUACUUGAGAAAACAGUUCACCUUUAAGUUUCAAAAUUUACAUGAAAUGCGUUAAAACAAAGACAAUUGUUAGUCAAUUUCUAAAAUGUUAGAGUUGUUCAACCAGUAACAAAUAUUACUCAUUCUCACAUUAUUGUCAUGGUUAAAUUGAUGCAGUUACUUAUUUUCCGAAAUUUUAAUUGAUUGAGUCUUCCUAUAAAGAAUUAAACAUUAAUUUUUUAGUUGACAGAAUAACAAUUACAUAAACCUUAUUCAAUUAGAUUCAAUCUAUAGAAACACUAAUAGAAAUAAAAUUUAAAGUUUGA